AUGUUCUUCACUGCGAACUCUGGUAGAGGCUUUCUCUCUAAUGGUCAAGACCUCUCUGGGCCAAAUAAGAUUGUCAGAUGGGACGUGAGGAAGCAAGAAGUGGUCUAUAUUGCGGACCUUGGGCCUUUUCAGCAGGAGUUCCAGAACUUAUACGGCCAUGGCAUCGCAGGGUUUGAAUACGCAGCUGCUGAUAGAUAUGGGAAUGCCUAUGUCGCAGCUGGCUAUGGCGGCAACGGCAUUGCCAAGGUCUGGAAUAAUGGUUCCGUCUCUGCCCUCUACUAUGCCGAAAAGGAUACGGAUCCAACUCUGGGGCGUUUCACCUACACAAAUCUCGCCUCAAUUCCCUUGCACGACAAAAUCAUCGUCAACGAUCACCAGUUGGGCACCUUUGUCACUUUCAACACAUCCGCUUCGUGGUCGACUCCUACGAUAAUCAAGGUCUCCAAUAUGCCUAGCACCUAUAACCGGACAGGGUGCGAUUCACUCACCACUCCUACGCGCUAUCAUGGUCAGCAAAUCAUGCUCUGUGCAGUGGACCGUCUUGGCGGUAGUGGAGCUGUGACAGUAUUCCAGAGCCUAGACAAUUGGAAGAGUGCUAAGUAUCUUGGUGUGGUUUAUAACACAAGUCCUCUGGCUCAGCAGGGAGUGAUUGUUGUGAACGCACUUCAGCUGUCUAACUCGAUAUAUUACGUCCCAUUUUUUGUCUCUGACUCGGGAAACUUGGCACUUGAGCUCAAAGAGGGUAAUCGCACCGCUUUUCCUAUUAUCGAUAUUACUGCAGAAGUCGACAACAUCGUGAAAGCCGCGGGGUAUUGA